AUGAUGAAAAACAGGGCCUUGAACCGGGGGAUCGCGGCUGUGAAGGAGGAUGCGGUGGAGAUGCUGGCCAGCUACGGGCUGGCCUAUUCCCUGAUGAAGUUCUUCACCGGCCCCAUGAGUGACUUUAAAAACGUGGGCCUGGUGUUUGUGAACAGCAAGCGAGACAGGACCAAAGCUGUCCUGUGCAUGGUGGUGGCUGGUGCCAUCGCUGCCGUAUUUCACACCCUGAUAGCCUAUAGCGACUUAGGCUACUACAUCAUCAAUAAACUGCACCACGUGGAUGAGUCGGUGGGGAGCAAAACAAGAAGGGCCUUCCUGUACCUCGCCGCCUUCCCCUUCAUGGACGCGAUGGCGUGGACCCAUGCUGGCAUCCUCUUAAAACACAAAUACAGUUUCCUGGUAGGAUGCGCCUCCAUCUCAGAUGUCAUAGCUCAGGUCGUUUUCGUAGCCAUCCUGCUCCACAGCCACCUGGAGUGCAGAGAGCCCCUGCUCAUCCCCAUCCUCUCCCUGUACAUGGGUGCCCUCGUGCGCUGUGCCACCCUGUGCCUGGGCUAUUACAGGAACAUCCACGACAUCAUCCCCGACAGGAGCGGGCCGGAGCUGGGGGGAGACGCCACGAUAAGGAAGAUGCUGAGCUUCUGGUGGCCUCUGGCUCUCAUUUUGGCUACGCAGAGAAUCAGCCGGCCUAUCGUCAACCUCUUCGUUUCUCGGGACCUUGGUGGCAGUUCUGCAGCUACAGAGGCAGUGGCGAUUCUGACAGCCACGUACCCGGUGGGUCACAUGCCAUAUGGCUGGUUGACGGAAAUCCGCGCUGUCUACCCUGCUUUUGACAAGAAUAACCCCAGCAAUAAACUGGUGAGCACAAGCAACACGGUCACGGCAGCCCACAUCAAGAAGUUCACGUUCGUGUGCAUGGCCUUGUCACUAACGCUCUGUUUCGUGAUGUUCUGGACCCCCAACGUCUCCGAGAAGAUCCUGAUAGACAUCAUCGGCGUGGACUUCGCCUUUGCGGAACUCUGCGUCGUCCCUCUGCGCAUCUUCUCCUUCUUCCCCAUCCCAGUCACCGUGAGGGCCCAUUUCACCGGGUGGCUGAUGACCCUGAAGAAGACCUUUGUCCUGGCCCCCAGCUCCGUGCUGCGGAUCAUCGUCCUCAUCACCAGCCUCGUGGUCUUGCCCUACCUGGGGGUACACGGAGCCACCCUGGGCGUGGGCUCCCUCCUCGCGGGGUUUGUGGGAGAAUCCACCAUGGUCGCCAUCGCAGCCUGCUACGUCUAUCGGAAACAGAAAAAGAAGAUGGAGAAUGAGUCAGCAGCCGAGGGGGAGGACUCGGCCAUGACGGACAUACCCCCGGCAGAGGAGGGGACGGACACCGUGGAAAUGAGAGAGGAGAAUGAAUAAGGCGUGGCGGCCGCGCGGGCAGCCGAGCCGAGCCGAGUCUUCAGCCUCGUCUCCUCUCCCAUUGCGUUUCGCUCUGCUUUGGUUUUGGUUUCGGUUUUAACGAGAGGCCUUGAUUUAAAGGUUUCAUGUAAACUCUCUGGCAUAUAUGCCCACACUCAGGCGGGGACCUAGAGGGUGGUCUUUGCCGCUGCUUUGUAAAAACCAACAAAAACAAUUGACUUCAUGCCCCCGCUUCCUGAAACCCCAAAAGACAUAGUUGCCUUGUAGUCCGAGUUGCGUCCUCCGCCCUCGUCCCCCGUGCAUUCUCCACUUGGAACCAAAGGACUGCGGCUGUGCCGUCCGUCGCUUCUCGGCCACCACUGCCCAGCAGGCCAGACUUCACCCUGUCCCUUUUCAUCUCUUUUAAGAAUCAGCAGGUUACAACUCAGCUUUAAUUGGCUUCUCAGUAACACGGCCGAACAGAGGGGACCCCGGUGGCCUCCCACCGUGGAGUCAUCAACUGUCCACCGCACACCUGCCGACAGGCUGCAGCCGGAGCGGCCGUGCACGCCAAGGCAUGGAUCUGCGACGGCGCUGGGCGGACGGAUGGACAAACGUCCCGUAGGAAGGCUCAGGACACCGUGGGAGCAGCCGAGUGACGACACUCGCCUGUCACCUUGCCUUCUCCUGGACCCGAGUGAGCUCCCGCACUGUGCCCCGCCGUGUACGCAGCUGAGCUAACUCUUUAAAGUGGUCACAGGCGCGCAUCUCCAAAUGUCGGCAUCCUUCCGCAUGGCUUUCCCCGAAGGCUUGUCUUUCACCCCCCUUUCCUGAAGAUGGCACUAGAGGAAGGGAAAUGGAGCGUUGCUAACUUUACAUUUUAGUUUUUUAAGUGGACUGAAGCUUUAAGUCAUAAUCUAGCAUUCUAAUGCCAGGUUGCCGUAUCGUAACUUCUGAAGUAGAUGUAUUACCUGGUUCUGCCAUUCUUAGUCAUAAUCACACGGUACAGGUUAAUUCCGCGUGUGACUCCCCUUCUCAUGCCACAGGAUAAAGCAAGACAUUUUAUAAACAGUAUCAAAGUCACUAUGUGAUAUUCCCUGAGACGACACAUUUGAAAUCCAUUUAGUGCAGUAUAUUUUUCUAAGUUUUGGAAAGCGGGUUUUUUCUUUAAAAAAAAAAAAAAUUAUGGACACAGUUCAGCAAAUUCUUGAUUUCGUCGAAAUUCCUAGACUGAAAGAACCUAAACAAAAAUAUUUUAAAGAUAUAAAUAUAUACUGUAUAUGUUAUGUAAUUUAUUUUAGGCUAUAAUACAUUUCCUAUUUUCGCAUUUUCAAUAAAAUGUCUCUAAUACAAUACGGUGAUUGCUCGUGUGUCAACAUACCCGCAGUUGGAAUGUAUUGUAUCGAUGAUCACUGUAUCUUAUUUUCAGCAAUUUCACAUAGUCUGUCAUUUGUACGUAAAUUUAAGGGUCAGUAAAUGACUAGAGAACUAUUUUUCACCGUGGGUAACAGGUUUAAAUGGGCAGUAGUGGGAAUGGAAAUAUAUACUAGAAGGGCAAAAAACAGUCAAGCCUUCUGUGUUUAUUGUUUUCAGUGCUGUAUAAUCCUGUUGUUACUGGAAGAAAAAGGAAUGUAAGGGCGUAAGGUCAGCUGUGAGCAUCACGGGGGUGCAUUCACAUAUCCGGACACCCGGUGACCCUCGGGGGUGCUCACCAGGGUGACACAUCCUCAUGCGCUCAUAUCUAUGUGUACUGAAAAGUAAGAUGCACAGCUUUGGGGUGGUUUCAGGGGCAGAUCUGCGAAGACGGGAAAAACGAGUUGUAUCAGCUUUUUAAAAAGUACACGACUAGAAAAUUAAACAGUAUUUUUUAA